CAACUCUCAGUCUUACACCAGGUCAACUCUGAGGCGGCACCGUCAGCCUUCCAUCCUGUAGUGUCCCGGGGUGCCCGACGCCUCCACGAUGUGGCCAGCCCAGACCGCGAGUGCCCCCGAGUUGACGACCCGUCCCAGCUCCAGGGAGGCCAUGGCCGCAACUUGGGAGAGAUCCCGGGUCACGUGCUACCCCUGGGUCACUCAAUGCCUCCCCUGGGCGUCCCAACCCUGGGCAUGGGUAACCCCCUCCUACCGGGGAUCUUCGACAGGAGGUUACUGCGGGUGUCGGGGCGGGCGGCGCGGCCAAAGAAGCAGUUUAUCUGCAAGUACUGCUCGAGGCACUUCACCAAGAGCUACAACCUCCUCAUACACGAGAGGACCCACACCGACGAGAGGCCCUUCCCCUGCGACGUGUGCGGCAAGGCCUUCCGUCGGCAAGACCACCUAAGAGACCACAAGUACAUCCACAGUAAGGAGAAGCCCUUCAAGUGCAGCGAGUGCGGCAAAGGGUUCUGUCAGAGCCGCACGCUAGCCGUCCACAAGAUCCUUCACAUGGAAGAGUCGCCACACAAGUGUCCUACCUGCGGCAGGAGUUUCAACCAGCGAAGCAACCUCAAGACGCAUCUCCUCACUCACACGGACCUCAAGCCUUACAAGUGCGCUUCCUGCAGCGCCGUCUUCCGGAGAAACUGUGAUCUCAGGCGGCAUAUGUUGACGCACUCGAUCGGGGGACACCUGCCUUCGGAUAAAGACUCUGAAGAAGGCAAGAACUCCAAUCAUCACGAUGUGAGUGUGUCAGGGCCCUCGUCUGCUGCGGCAAUUUCAGUCUGUGACAGGAGAGGAGGAGGCACUGAUCUGGAUGACGACGAGGUGGAGGAGGACGCAGAAGAGGACGACGAAGACGAGGAGAUUGAUCCGGGGCGCCCCGAUGAUGCCUAUUCCUUCUACGAGUCGGAGAAGGUAGAGGAGGACGAGGAGGAGUUGGAGGAGGACGAUGAGGAAGGCAAUGGAGUGCAGGCGGAAGAUCACCCCACCGAUCACCACGUGUCCAGUCUUCACCAGCCGGAGCUCCACAGGCCAGACAUGCAUGCCCAUUCUAGCCACGUCCACACUACGCACGUACACAACACACUCCCGCAUAAAACACACCCGCACGUCACGCACGCCCACACAACACAUGUACAUACCACCAUCGUCCCCCACUCAUCUCAUGACCAGCUCCACAGCCACACCUCACACGCGCACAGCCCUCACAGCAACAGCAGUAGAGACUCUGGAAUGUUGGGUCCUCACGGUGCCCCGCCCCCCAGACCCGCCUCACAUCCACACGCCCACGUCACGCCCCUCUACAGUCACGCCCAUGGAUUCUACCCGAUGGUGGGUGGGGGCGGGUCAGGGCCUCCGGGUCCACACUACCGCCCAGCACACCAUGACUUGAAGCGGCCUAUUGAACAGGUUCUGGGGGGUCCUGGGCCCUCACUAGGCCCCCCUCCCCUCCUGCCCAUGCAGGGGCCAGUACCCAUGGGCGGAGGAGCCAUGGGCGCAGCCCCACGCCCACCAUACCCACUCCAUCCCCCAGAAAGACCCAAGAAAAAAGGCUUCAUGAUCGAGGAUAUUAUGAAUGGGUAGUGUCGGCUGUUGCCAGGUAGGGUCUUCAUGAUCUCAACUCCGCGGUGCAGCGCCGCCAUCCACGCCCACACCCACGACGGGCGCGCCCUUGUGUCGAGGACGCAGUGCACGCACGCCCAUCACCAUUACCACUACCACCAUCAUCACCUACUGUUAUCAUUAACGCUGCUGCUGUGCCUUACUACGUGAAGCUGGUGAAAGGUCGUCCGCACCCACACACAGCUUCCCACUAGUCCACUCUUGAAACAUCAAUGUAAACAAAUGUGGUUCAGAGUGACUGACAAAGAGUUUCCUGAGGCUGCCCAACACACAGGGUAAAUAAACGUUCUCCUCUCCUACAGGGAAGAGAUGGGGGACCACAAGUAAUAAACCAAUGAGCCGGUGACCUUCCUUCCGCCAACCACUUCAGACAAAUUGACUGACCCUGAGUGGAAAUUAAACAACUUAUCUAGUGAACGAGCGCCAGGUUUUGGAAAAAUGCCCUGGCGAAUAGUGGAAAUUACCAAAGGGGCGACAGAGGCUUUCAAACACUGCCGGGCAGUACUGAGAACAAGGCAGUGUCAGUUGAACGCGGCCGGGUAGUACAGUACUGAGAACGAGACCGUGUCAGUAAAACGCGGCCGGGCAGUACUGAGAACGAGGCCGUGUCAGUUGAACGCGGCCGGGCAGUACUGAGAACGAGGCCGUGUCAGUUGAACGAGGCCGGGUAGUACAGUACUGAGAACGAGGCCGUGUCAGUUGAACGCGGCCGGGCAGUACUGAGAACGAGGCCGUGUCAGUUGAACGCGGCCGGGUAGUACAGUACUGAGAACGAGACCGUGUCAGUUGAACGCGGCCGGGUAGUACUGAGAACGAGGCCGUGUCAGUUGAACGCGGCCGGGCAGUUCUGAGAACGAGGCCGUGUCAGUUGAACGCGGCCGGGUAGUACAGUACUGAGAACGAGGCCGUGUCAGUUGAACGCGGCCGGGCAGUACUGAGAACGAGGCCGUGUCAGUUGAACGCGGCCGGGCAGUACUGAGAACGAGACCGUGUCAGUUGAACGCGGCCUCGCAGGGUCCAACUACAGUCAACUAAGGAGAACUUGUUACUACAGGGUCUUUGCCACAUAUUGUAAUUAUUAAUUUAUUUUAUGAAGGAGUUUUUCUUAAUAUGUGAGACUAUAAAUAUUUUUUUCUACAUAGGGUUUUAUUCACUAUACUUAUAACUUCUUUUUAAUGUAUAACUGGCAAUUUUUUGUAUAUAUUUUCUGUAUAUUUGUAAAU